UUCGUUGGCAAUGCAAUGGUUUAGCUGCAACCGUCCAACAUGCGCCAUCGGCAUCUCAAAGUCGUGCAAGUAAUAAACAUUCGUUGGAUCUGGCGGUCAUCUUGCUGUUGUACGUGUCUUUCAUUUUCAGCUUGCGUUUCAACUGUUGCCUGAAACUGGCCUCUCUGUUUUCCUUUUAUCUUCAACUAUUAACGUAAUCAAUCAUACACAACUCUGUGUUUGAGAUGGAAACAGUCAUCUCUUUGCCAUGCAACUCUUGUGUCACUAAAAAUUUCAAGCUCUCUCAGUCUCCAAAACGCGGUUGUAUCUCUGCUAAUUAUGAGCCUACACCGCUCAACAGGCACCUUCGAACUCCUCACAGCGGGUACCAUUUUGAUGGGACUGCGCGGAUUUUUGAGGGUUGGUACUUCAAGGUCUCAGUUCCAGAGCAGAGACAGAGCUUUUGCUUUAUGUAUACUGUAGAAAAUCCUGCCUUCAAGAAAAAAUUGUCAGCAUGGGAAGUUGGACAGUAUGGACCUAGAUUUACUGGAGUUGGGGCUCAAAUUCUGGGUGCAGAUGACAAGUACAUUUGUCAGUACUCUGAAGAAUCUUCAAAUUUUUGGGCAAGUAGGCAUGACAUGAUCUUGGGGAAUACUUUUACAGCUGAGAAAGAUUCGCAGCCUCCAAAUAAAGAAGUUUCUCCACAGGAAUUCAAUAAAAGAGUAUUAAAAGGUUAUCAAGUCAGUCCACUGUGGAAUCAAGGUUCUAUUCAUGAUGAUGGCAGGUCAAACUAUGUUGAAACUGUGAAAACUGCACGUUGGGGGUAUACUACUCGCCCUGUCUAUGGAUGGGGUAAUGUCGGUUAUAAACAGAAGUCUACAGCAGGCUGGCUUGCGGCUUUUCCUGUGUUUGAACCCCAUUGGCAAAUAUGCAUGGCAAGCGGACUUUCAACAGGUUGGAUAGAGUGGGAUGGUGAAUUGUUUGAGUUUAAAGAUGCCCCUUCGUAUUCAGAAAAGAACUGGGGCGGAGCCUUUCCCAGAAAGUGGUUUUGGGUUCAGUGUAAUGUCUUUGAAGGUGCAAACGGAAAAAUUUCAUUGACUGCAGCAGGUGGGUUGAGGCAACUACCUGGACUUACUGAAAGCUUUGAAAAUGCUGCAUUGAUUGGAGUACAUUGUGAUGGAAUCUUUUAUGAAUUUGUGCCAUGGAAUGGCGUUGUAAAUUGGGAAAUUGCUCCAUGGGGUUACUGGUACAUGGCUGCAGAGAAUGAGACACACAUGGUUGAAUUGAAGGCGACAACAACCGACCUAGGUACUCCCGUACGUGCUCCAACUUCAGAGGCUGGCUUUGCUACAGUUUGUAAAGACAGUUGCUCUGGUGAGCUAACAUUGCAAAUAUGGGAAAGAAGAUCUGAUGGCACGAAGGGGAAGGUCAUUUUGGAUGUUACAAGUGACAUGGCUGCAGUAGAAGUCGGAGGAGGACCAUGGUUCAACACCUGGAAAGGUAAUACUGCUUCACCGGAGAUUCUUAAACGAGCUCUAAAUGUUCCUGUUGAUGUGGAUGGGUUCUUUAGUUUGGUUCCAUUUUUCAAGCCCCCUGGUCUAUAGCCAUUGUCCAUUGUUCCAAAAAAAAAAAGUGCAAGGCUUAAGGGUUCGAUGCUUGCAAUAGUUACUUAGUUCGUAUUUAUAAUUUUUUAAAAAUUUUUUGUAGUACAUAACCUAUUGAAAGAAUUAAUAAACUUAAAAACUAAAAAUCA